AGUAGAAUUUCAAAUGUGGUGACGAACUGACGUGUCUAAGGUUUCAUAUACAUAAUGUUAUUUCAUAUAUUAAUAGUGUCGUGUUUAUGCAGUUUUUUCGUGGAAAGCGAGUAUUUAAAUUUAGACGAAGGGUCCUACUGCGAAUGGGAUACAUUUCAGGGACGCUGUGCCAAUGUAUAUAGAUGUUUGAGUACUAUACUCGAUAAAAAAUACAAUAAGCAGGCACCGAUAUGUGCAUUCGAGGGUAAAACGCCGAUAAUAUGCUGUACGGACUGCGAACUAGUUGACGAUUUGAGAAAAAUCAUAAUAGAUGACAAAUUGGGUUUUCUUUAUAAAACUGGACAGAAAGCUGAAGAUGCUUGUACCAGGUUUAAGCAGAUCGUUGACUAUAGAUGCAAGCAUGACGACUCCUACGAUUGGUCGUAUUCACUGAGUUAUCGAUUUGACAACCCUUGUAGGAACGUUUCACUUUUUAAAUCGCGAGGAUCCUUUUUCAGCCAAGGAAGAUCGGCUAAAAGAUACGAAUACCCACACAUGGCUCUGCUCGGGUAUGGCGACGAUGUGGAGUCAGCUCUCUGGCUCUGCGGUGGAACUGUGAUCAGUGAGCGGUUCAUCCUUACUGCUGCCCACUGCAUAUCACAGCCAAGAGUAGGACCCGUGAGGUACAUCGCGCUCGGCAUCCUCCGACGCUCCGACCCUCUGGACAAGUGGCAGAGGUACAACGUGAAGAGGGUGGUACCUCACCCGGAGUACCAGUCGCCCUCCAAGUACCACGACAUCGCGCUGCUCGAGACUGAUACCGAGAUAAACUUCAACAGUGACGUGCAUCCAGCGUGUCUCCACACGAAGGGAGAAGCUGAAGAGACUCUGACGGGCACCGGGUGGGGAGCCCUGGGUCACAGACAACAACUAGCUGAUACAUUGCAGUCUCUGGACAUCUCGAGGUUCAGCGAAGAGGAAUGUAAGCAGCACUACCCCAAAUACAGACAUCUUCUGCAAGGAUACAAUCACACCACACAGAUGUGCUACGGAGACAGGGUGACCGUGGCUGAUUCCUGCGAGGGUGACAGCGGCGGACCUCUCCAGUCAAAAACUCUAGACGAGCAUCACUGCGUGACGACCGUGGUCGGAGUGACGUCAGCCGGAAAGCAGUGCGGCAUCACUGCUGGCUCCGGACUGUACACCAGGGUCAUACACUACGUGCCCUGGAUCGAGAGCGUCGUCUGGCCCUGAGGCCAGCCAACCUGGAUGCUUGAUGAAGAUUUGAAUUUAAAACCUCACAACGUCAAAUAAAAUUUUGAUACAGCACAUUA